AUGAGGUACUCAGCCGCUGUCUUGGCUGCGCUUGCAGUCACUGUGCAAGCAGCAAAGGACUCCAGGACCUUCGCCGUCCUGCGCUUCUAUGGAGAUGGACCACUGCUGGAGGACCUCGUCGAUCCGAUCGUGUCGCCUGGCAAGGCCUCCUCCCACAUGCACACUCUUAUGGGGGGUAGCAACAUCGGCAUUUCCGCCACCGGCGAGACCAUGAUGGAGUCCAACUGCAGCAACGCCCUCAUCGUUGGAGACAACUCAGGAUACUGGGUGCCCAAGUUGUAUUUCCAUGACAAUGCUGCUGGUACCGUCGAGCCGGUCGACAUGUUCUACAUGAACGUCUACUACUUCUUCGAGCCCACCGACGACGACCUCAAGGCCUUCCCAGUCGGUCUGCAGAUGGUCGCCGGAGAUGCUUCCCUCCGAUCGUGCCCGGACUUUGGCGGAGAGCUCCAACUCGACGGCUCCAGCACCAUCCAGCCUGCGCAGUUCACCUGCCCACGUUCCGACUACAACGUCCCGGCCUGGCCCUCGGCCGCCGAAUCCGACGGCUCCAAGGCCGGAAUCCAGGACCCCAACAACCAGGGCGCCGGCCAGGGCUUCCCUUUUGCCGAGUGCGACGGCUAUGCCUCUCCGCUGCGCCAGGACGUGCACAUGCCGUCGUGCUACGACCCGUCCAAGGACCUGACCGACUACAAAAACAACAUGGUCUUCCCCACCACCAACAAGGCGACAGGCAAGCAGAACUGUCCCGAGGGCUUCAUUCACACACCCCACCUCUUCUACGAGAUGUACUGGAACACGCCUCCCUUCAAGGAUAGGUGGACGCCCGGCCAGGGAUCUCAGCCUUUCGUCCUUGCCAAUGGUGACCUCACGGGCUGCUCCUCCCACGCGGAUUUCCUGGCAGCCUGGGAGCCUGAUGUUCUGCAGCAUGUCAUUGACACCUGCAACGCUGGUGAUGAGGGCAUGGACAAGUGCGGGGGCGUCACUGUCAGGGACAGGAGCUCAACUUGCGAUGCUGGCUCAUCUCCAGCCCAGAAACUCGCUAGUACAGCUAUGACUGCCCUCCCUGGCAACAACCCUCUGGCCGGUUGGGGAGUGGGCAGCUCGGCGAACGUGCCAUCAUCUGGAUCUGGGUCUGGGUCGGGCUCGGGCUCCGGAUCAGGCUCCGGCUCCUCUGGCGGUGGCGAUAGCGCCGCCAGCAGUGUCAAGCAGCCCGCCAGCUCGUCCUCUUCUUCGUCAGCCCCCAUCGUCCUCGCCACCGGCAACACCGAGAACGAGGAAGUCGCAGCCACCCCCAAGGAGAACAGCGCCCCAGCGGCACAGGUCACGCCCGCGCCCGAGCUCUCGCCGCCAGCCAACGCCGCAGCGGUAGCUCCUCAGAACCCGCCGGCCGUCUCGUCCUCAGUCGUGACGCUACCCAAUGGUGACGUCCAAACUAUCUGGGAGACGCUCUGGGUGACCGUCACUCAGACCGUGUACGAGGGGAGCAAGGAGACGGACGCCCCCUACGCGCGUGAGAAGAGGGACGUUGGACACGGGCACGGGCACGCCCAUGCCCACGAGCACCUGCUCAGGCACCGCUCACCUCACGCGAGGCGGGUCAGGCGGUAG